AGGAUUCCCCGACGUUUGCAGCACCCACACACACCGCUUAGACAGAAACAUGAGGUCCCUGAUCGUCUUAAGCCUUCUUGCCGCGUUGGCAUCGUCCACGUACGCCUCUAAAUGUGUCACGUACGGUGUGUGCGCGCUGGACGAAGACACGGACAAAGAACUGCCCUGCAGCGCCGAGACAGAGCCCGUGCCCAUGGCGAAGAGCGAUCUAACCAACGCCUGCCCCGCCCUGGCAACCUCCGACGGAAAGGAGGUGCCCGUCUGCUGCGACGCCAAGCAACUCAAUACCUUCGUUGACAGCCUCAAGCAGAUCAGUAUUCUCGGCGUGAGCAAGGAGAGCGCCUGCUUCCUCAACUUUCAGAACUUCAUCUGCCAGUCGGUCUGCUCGCCGCAGCAGUCCGACUUCAUCGCCGUGAACGCGUCCAAGUCCACCGAGAAAGGCAAGGCCCACGUCGUCGAGUCCGUGUACGCCAUCAGCAAGACGUUUGCCGAGGGCGUCUACAAUUCGUGCAAGGACACCAGCACCAUCGUCCUCGGCCUAAAGCUCAUGAAGUUCAUGUGCGGAAAGUACGGCGCGUCGAAUUGCUCGCCGGAGCGCUUCCUCGAGUUCAUCGGCUCCACAUCCGACGAGGGUGGCCAAUCGCCCUUCAAGACACACUUCCUGAUAAGCGAGGCUCCUGUGACGGUCAAUGGCAAACAGCUCACGCCGCUUAACAGGCCUCUGCAUAAAUGAGUUAGUUCGGCACAAUUACUCUGAUUGUAGGAAUGUUUUUGUUUUGUUCCUGGAUCCUGAGUUAGGUACGGAACCUAUACUCCUUACCCGAAUUUAUUACGCUUGUGAUCCAGACAUAGAGUGUUAAUUUAUUUUAGUCAUCGGCGGUUCGAAAUAAUUGGGAAGAUCUGUACCCACAGGUGCACAGUGUACGUUCUAUUUGGUUCCCGAAUGCGCUAUAGGUAUACGCGUCCGAUAAAUGAAGCAAAAUAAAAUGUAUUUGAACCUCCGC